AUGGACGAGACGUACCUUCUCAACCAUCCAGGAGUGAGGAAGAAGAUUCUGGCCGGAGGCACAGGACCACUGCCACACUUUCCACCUGGGACAAAGCUGGUAUUCCACUUCCAGACGCUGUUAGACAACUUUGAGCGGACAGUCAUCGAUGAUAGUCGACUGGCUGGCAGGCCAGCUGAGAUCUUUGUCGGAAAGAUGUUCAAGAUGGAAGUCUGGGAGCCCCUGCUGAUGUCCAUGAGGAUUGGAGAAGUGGCUGAGUUCUGGUGUGAUGCCAUUCAUACAGGCUUGUACCCGAUUGUGUCCAAGGGAAUGAGGCUGAUCGCUCAAGGGAAAGACCCCCUAGAGGGCCAGAGACACAUGUGCGGCAUGGGAAACUUGUUCCAUUAUCACUCCACUGGCUUCCCAGAGCUGGAUGAGCUAAUGAGAACUCCUCAACCACUUAUAUUUAUCAUGGAGCUGUUGCAGGUUGGAGACCCCAUGUCCUAUCACAGAGAGUCCUGGAUGAUGGAUAAGGAUGAGAAGCUGCAGUCGGUGCCAAUUCUCCAUAUGCAGGGCAAUGCGCUGGUCAAGCAGAGACAAUUUAGAGAGGCUGCCAGCAAGUACAAAGAGGCUGUACUGUUGCUGAAAACAGUCCAGUCCAGGGAAAUGCCGGGUGAUAUAGACUACAUUAACUUGGGUCGAAUGAUCAUCCCCCUGGAGUUGAACUACUGCCAGUGUAUGUUGGAGCUGGAGGAGUAUUAUGAGGUCAUAGAGCACACCACUGAACUGUUGGAGAAACACAAAGACUGUGUGAAGGGCUACUACAAGAGAGCAAAGGCCCACGCUGCCGUAUGGAAUGAAAAGGAGGCCCGGAGAGACUUCAACAUGGUGGCCCACCUCGACAUCACUUUGGCUUCUCUUGUCAACAGAGAGCUGAAGGCCCUGUCAGAGAGCAUGAAGGAGAAGUACUGGGAGGAGAAGGAGAAGUACUGGAACAUACUGGAGAAAAAGGAUACCAAAAAUAAAGAGGAGGAGGAAGAG